AUGCCAAGAACCAAAAAAAUCGCCGAUUUUGGAGACGGAAUCCAUCAGAAAUUCAUCGAACUGAUGAAGGACAAUUUGUAUCAUGUUGAAAAAGUGGUUUUGAAACACGUCAAUUCGCCCGAGGUGAGUUGAGAGCUUUUCAGAAGAAAAUAUCGAAUUUUAAAAUGAAAAUUUUGAUUUUUCAUAAGAUCUUGAGGUAGAAAAUGAUUUUUGGCCAAAAAAGUAUCGAUUUUUUAAGAAAAUGAUUCUUCAAAAAAUACAUCGAGGACAAUUUUUCUCGAAAAACUUGAAGUUCCAUUAAAAAUGCCGAUUUUGUUGCAGGGCAACUACUAUUUGAUCGCGAUGAUACCGAAAGUGAAAGAAAACAGACGUAGUUGGCAAUUCACGGCAAAAAUCCAGAAAGAUUUAAGAAAUCCGCAAAAAUCGUUCGUUUUCCGACGGGUCGAAAAAUUGGAAAGUGGCCAAGAUGUGAUAGACCAACCAAUGAUUAGUGAUAAUUUUAAUUAUCAACAUAAUUGUGCCAGAUGGUUGUAUAGCAUUUUGUAUGAACACGAAUUUGAUAUCGAUUUUUUGGAUGUGAUGUUGGUGAGUUAUAGGAAGCGGGAAAAAAUGUAGUUAUGACGUGACAUUUGCGCGGAGGGGAGAGGUGAUCAGGAAGAAGCAAUCGGGCUGCUUCAGGAGGUCUAAACGAACUAAGACGUGGCAAUUUUCAGCCGCCACGUUCGGCACAAUUGCAACGUGUCAAAUGGAAAAACGCUGUGCGGCGCCUCGAAAUCACAGUAGACAGGGAAGAACAGGAUCGACAACUAAUUAUUGGAUGGCUUGCGAAUUUCAAAGAGCGCCUUGUCAAUUUGGUGAAAAUAACAUCGGAAAGUGUUCGAAUUGAAGUGAAGAUGAGCAAAUAUGUGAGUUUUUGUGAAUGUGAAAAAAUUUGACUGAAAAUCUUGCAGCUUAAAACCGUGCAUACUGUCGAAAUUUGUGGGAAAAGCGAUAUCGAUUGGGAGUGGAUUUACAGUACAAACACGAUAAAAUUUAUUCAUAGCGGAAGUGAUGAUUUCGUGUUGACAGAUGAUGAAAUUAAGAAGAUUUGUGAGGUUGGUUUAGAUAUGGAGACCUAUUAAAUAUAGGCUUGAAGUCAGGUCAGAAAUAAUAUGCAAAUAUGCAUUUUUCAGCACUAUAUUGAUCCAAAAAACAAAGGAACAAUCCUAAUUUUCGACCAAGGAACCGUUGAAAGAGGCGAAGAAUUGAAGAAAUGGUUGAGAGAAACAUAUUCGGAACAUAGAUUGGGAGUCGACUAUUUUCAGCUGAGAGUCGGAAAAAAUGACAUGUUCUAUUUUCAAAUGAAAAAUGGAUAUUUGAAGUUUGGAAAAUGUACUUAUUUGAUUAUCACAGAUGCCAAUGAAAUGACAUUUCCCCAAUAUUGA